AUGAGCUUCCCAACCGAGGCCCUGCAAUAUCUCUCACUUUGUCUCAACGUACGGCAUGGCAUUCGCCAAUGUCUUGUUGAGAUCCUUCCGAAUCCAACGGACCAAAAGCUCGACAGAGCCUUCAAAACUAUCGAGAAGUACCUUCAGCAACAACACGAACUAGGCCAGAAUCAAUACCAGGCAAGCUUGAAUCAAGCGAGCGCAUCUCUUGGCGUGCAAUGCGGCAUACUACAAGAACUUUUGACCAGAAAUGGAGAGUUUGCGACACAACUUGGGGAUAUGACAGGGGUACUCAGAUCAAUAUCCACGGAUCUGAAGUCAUUCACGAAGCCUGGGGUGUUUGGGCAAAUCGUGGAAAUCGGUGGCCUGGCUACGGGCAAUGCUGCCGUCGCCCAGAUCCAGCGGCUUGCAGACCAAGCUGAGAAGAUGGCCAUGAGCCUCGACAAGAUUGGAGACAACAUGUACUCUGAAAACUCUCGCGGAGACAAGUUUCCGGGCCACGUCCAUUCCUUUAUUCGAAGCAUGAUCGAAAAGCAUCAGGAAGAGAAGACGCCGCAUUACUUCUUCGUGUUUAACCAGAGCACGACGUGGCAUGCCAAGUUCGACGAUAUCAAGCGGGCGGAUCCUCUCGGCGACCACUUUCUCGGCUAUAGUCACGAUCUGGACGAGCUCGUUGCAUUCAUUGUUGAGGAUGCCCGGCCACGCCUAGGGUCCGAGCCGAUCGUACACAUCCUGAUACCGACCAUCAGCCAGCUCGCCAUCAUUGAGUCCCUUACUUUCCCCGAAGGCAUGGGGCCUUUUUGUGUGACUGGACAACUGGGCGAGAGUGGUCUGCCGUUCGUCUACCUAUGCACGCCGCUGGAUCGGGCGAAUCUUCGUCACAUCGGCUCGCUUAUGCCUAAACCUCGCUGGAUGCUACGUCAGCAGGUUGGCUUGUGCCUUCCAAUCGUGCAUCAGUGGCUUUCAACGCAUUUGGAACCUGUGUACUUCGAAGAUCCAUACUUUCAAUCUGUGGUCUUCGCCUCCUUAUGGCUCUAUGAGUCUGACUACACUCCGGUUGAACCGGGGGCUAAGGUCAGUUUCACCGAAUACAAGUUCAAGAAGGUGUCUAGGGAAGCAACUGAACAGCUGGACAAUGGUUUCCUUCUAUCAGAAGAGACUUCACGAGAGGUUAAGCUGGUCAUGGAUAAUACGACGAGGUGGAACCCUACCUCCCUGAUGAUUAAGCGAGCGAUCCAACUCUAA